CAGAUCUCAGAACAGUUUACAGUCCUGAUGUUUACAACCUCAUACAUAGAAGUUAUGUAAAAUUAUCCGAGUCUUAUUUACAACCAAAUAUUUAAACAAUAUUAUAGAACUUCAGGAUACUGCAACCAUAAGCAUUAAUUAAACUGAAAAUGUUACCCAUUACCCGUUUACUAUCGAAAUAUCGUAUUUUUACGACUCAAGUGAGGGUUUUUCGUGAGGAUACGAUUCCUAAAACGUCCUGUAAGCUAGCUGGCUUAUCACUUUAUCGUUUUCAAUCUACUGGUAAGAAAUCCAAACCGGAGCUAGAGUCUGUCGAACACUGCAACGUUGGAACGAUAGGUCAUGUAGACCACGGCAAGACCACGCUAACUGCUGCAAUUACGAAAGUUCUAUCACGAGACGGCCGUGCAAACUACGUACCUUAUGAUCAGAUUGACCGGGCGCCGGAAGAAAAAGCGCGUGGAAUCACUAUCAAUGCCGCCCACAUCGGAUACAGUACCUUGAAAAGGCAUUAUGCUCACACCGACUGCCCGGGGCAUGCAGAUUAUGUAAAGAAUAUGAUUUCUGGAGCGUCUCAAAUGGAUGGAGCGAUACUCGUGGUCGCGGCAACGGAUGGACAGAUGCCUCAAACGCGCGAACAUUUGCUUUUGGCGAGACAAGUUGGGGUCGAGAAAAUUGUGAUAUUCAUCAACAAAGCUGAUCAGGUUGAUCAAGAGGUUAUAGAGCUGGUGGAGAUUGAACUACGAGAAUUGUUGAGCGAUUUUGGUUUCGAUGGUAUCAACAGCCCCGUGGUGGUCGGUUCUGCCCUACUGGCCCUCCAAGGCGACCAGUCUAAGCUGGGAGAAUCUUCAAUACAUCGGUUGUUGGAAGCUAUUGAUACGUAUGUACCAACACCGACUAGGGAUCUUACAUCGCCUUUCCUUUUGCCGAUUGAUAAUGCGUUCACCGUCCCUGGUCGAGGGACAGUGGUGGUUGGAACGCUUGCCCGUGGCACAAUCAACAAAAAUGACGAUGCAGAACUGUUGGGAUUCGACGAACAGGUAAAAACGACAAUUGGAGGGAUUCAAGUUUUCAAAAAGGAUAUUGGUCAAGCUGUAGCCGGGGAUAAUAUCGGGGCUCUACUGAGAAAUGUCAAAAUCACGGCAGUCCAGCGAGGAAUGCUGCUGUGUGCGGCAGGAAGCGAACGAGUUUCAAAUCACUUUAACGCUACAGUGUACCUGCUGGCCAAGAACGAAGGAGGACGUUCAAGACCACUUACCUCUAAGUACAUCCAGCAGCUUUUUAGCAAAACGUGGAACGUCCCCUGUCGGGUGGAUCUCGUGGAGCAGGAAAUGCUCAUGCCGGGGGAUCAUGGCACCAUUCGAUUGACAUUGUUGAGGAAAAUGGUGAUGUCAUGUGGGCAAUCGUUCACCGUACGAGAAAAUGGCAAAACCGUAGCCACUGGUUUGGUGACGGAAAUUUUGAAUCCUGUCAACUUGCCUCAGAAAAAAUUAAUUAAACUGCAACUAGACCAAUUGUGAAUGAAAAAAGGAAGAAAAUGCUAGUUGAGCAAAAAAGGUGAACCUUAUUUUCCGAAAUAUCCAUUUGCCUCAACGUUCACAAAGCACAAAUAAUUAAACCGCGAUAUUUAAAAAAAUGAUAGCCCUUUCAUUAGUUUGAUUCUCUUAGCAUUUGCGCAAGUUCUAGUCAAUCACCGAGCAACAACAACAGCAACUAUGAAUUGUACGAUCAUCUUGCUUCUUGCUCUCAUAAUUUGGUCAAAAAAUUUAGGUAACAAAAAACUAUACAGAUGAUAACUUCCUGCUUCAAGUAUUCAAAAAAGCUCCAGAACUACAGGUAAGUUAUUGGUGUUUCCUGUAAAAUUCAUAUACCUAUUAAACAAACGUUAGUUCAGGCUCCCCUACAAAGGUUAACCUCAAUCUACAAAUUAUAAUAUGUAUAUGAUGUUUGUGAACUGUAAAAAUCAAUAGCGAAUAAUAUAUCUUUUCGAUUUAA